UCAAAGCAAUUUGUUGCACAGCUGCAAGUGCAACAUUAGCAGUAAAUUGUGGCUGCCACAUAAAUAAUGCGGUAAAGUGGCGGCAGUGCGUCUCGCUCCUGCGGUGGCAAAAUGUUAGCAAAUGUUGUUGGCUGUUAUUGUUGUUGUUGUUGGUGUGUGUGUUUGUUGCAACGCAGGCAGAGGUUGGUGAAAUAUUUACGGCGGCGGGACAAGCGUUCAGCAAGCUUGGCGAGCUGACAAUGCAAUUGCAUCCAAAUGCCGAAUCGCCAUCGGGCAAAUGGACAGAUGAGGAAAUUGAUAUGCUGCACUCGUCGCUAAUGCAUUUCUCGGAUGAUCUCAGCAAGAUCAGUCUAAGCAUAAAGAAUCGCACAGUCACGCAAAUACGACAGGCGCUGAAGAAGAAAGCAUUCGAGGAGGCGGGCAUACCAGCCAAGCAGCUGCCAGUGCAGCAAGUACAGCAUGUGAUACAAACAGUGCAGCAGCAGCAGCAGCAACAAUCGCCGCAGCAGCAGCAGCAACCAGCUCAGGUAUUCAAAACACACAUUAUACAGCAGCAGCAGCAGCAACAGCAGCAGCCACAGCCACAGCAGCAAUCAAAGCAGCUUAUACUGCAGCCGCAGACAACAGUGACAAUCAAGCAGUAUCAACAAAUGCAGCAACAAAAGGCAGCAGCGCUGGCAGCAGCGCAAGCAGCAAACAAUACGCCAACAAUCACAGAGAAUAUAAUAAUACAGCAACCCACAUCGACAACAGCAUUGGUAGUGCAACAAGCGCCGCCGCCUCAGCAGCAACAGCAGCAGCAGCAAGUGGUGGUCACAACGCAGCAGCAGCCACAACCACAAACGCUCAUUGUGCCUGCUACCAGCGCCGUAGCUAUAACCACAGCUGCCGCCGACGAUGAUGUUGUUAGCACCACAUCCGCCACGACUACAGUAACAGCAGUUAGCACCGGUCUUAAGUGCGUGCCGGAUAUAAUGAAAACGCUUAAUCGCAUUAAUGUGGGUGAAAACGAAGUGGACGUCGAGGAGUGUCUGCCCGCUGAAGUUGUUAAGCUUGACUUUGUUAGCGAGGAGGUAGCAGGAUGAAGUUUGCUGACGCCUGCCGGCCUGGUCGAGGAAUUUUAUUAUUAGUUUGUAAAGCAGCUAACACAUCUUAAAGCAAAACCUCCCCCCUCCCCAGUUGUUCCCUUGGAUUUUAAACCACAACGGCCUCUAACUGUUAAACGCGCAUUACCUUUGGAAAGACAACAAAAAAGCAACAAAAAAAAAAGUUAUAAACUAAGCGCGCCCAUUUGGCGUCGCUUCAGUUUAAGUUUUUCAUACAUUUUUAGAUAUUUAGUAAUGUUUGCCGCACCUAGAGCUAAAUUUAAGCAAGAGAUUCAAUAGUGCAAAGUAUAUAAAAGUAAUAUUAUGUAAGUUGAAACUGAAUUAAA